UUUUAAUUUAAUGCAGGAAUUUCUCAAAAUGCUCGUGCAAUAGCAGAAGUUGCAAAUUAGUGCCACAUUUACAUACACAGGUAUAUGUAACACCAAGGUAUUUUAAGUCUGCUAAUUAUUUGCCCAUUAUAGCUGCAUCAAUAAAUAGCGAAUUUGGCCUUUAAAAGUGAAAUGUUUCCGUUUAAGAGCUACAGGUUGCUGGAGUGAGCAGUUGUAUGACAUCACAGUGAGGCACCUCCAGCAUGCACAGAAUGUCAUGUGACUUCAUGUGACAUCAUAAUGAGAAAAACCAACUUUAUCCAGUUAGUAUAGAGUAGAGAGUAGAGAGAGCACAAGUUGAGGGAGAUGGGUGUAUUUUUUUCUUCGCCGAAUGGCUCCUCGGAGCAGAUUUCGGAAAUACAUUCUCCUGAUAUUUGUACGACUCAUGAACCUUCUGAAAACUCUUCAAUCAAUUCUCAGACUCGUGAGAAUCCUUCUGUGGCUUGUCCGACUGAUGCGGAUCUUGGGGUGACUCAACCAGAUCUUGAACGUCUGUCUGUUGUCGAUCCAUAUUGGGAGGUGCUGGACCCCAAACCUGAUAUCCACGCCCUAUUCCAUGAAUAUAAUAGGAAGUUCUUUCGUGGACAGUUGCCUCCAAUUGACCUUAAAUGGAGCAACAGGUUAAGCUUGUAAGUCAGAAACGAAUGUGCUUUGUUGUUUAUAGACCUUGGGGGACAAUCUGUAUCACGGUCACUACUAUACAGCUUCACACCCCAACUUUACUAGCCUGGUAAGAUGCACAGGAGGUAGAGAUAUGUAUGUGCAAGAGCUGGAGCGCUGUUAGUUUUCUGUUAAAUGCUCAUAUGCACUCGCUCCAUGCAUUAGUCUGUCAUUAUCUGCCUUCUGCAAAGCAAAUCUACUAACAAGGGCACAACAAGUACCUACAUACUGGCUGUACAGGGCAGGGACUGGAACAAGACAAGUACAGUAACAUAUAAAUAGUGUUUAUUCUCAAAUCUGCAUGAUUUUCUUUUUCAGAAAUGCUGGUUAUUUCAAAUGUGAGGCUAUCAGCAGAAGAUGCAGCAUUCGACUGAACAAGCCUCUCCUUGAUUUACGGUCAAGGAAAGAUACAGUGGAAACGCUCCUGCAUGAAAUGAUCCACUACUACCAGCGUAUCAAUGGUACCCGCAUCUUAGACCAUGGGCCGGAAUUUCAGUAUCACAUGGAGCGUAUCAAUAGAGAAAGUGGAGCAGAUGUUACGAUCGAUCAUGAUUUCUAUGAUGAAUACGAGUCACUGAAGCGCCACAGUUGGAGAUGCAAUGGCCCCUGUGCACAAGUAGUGAGACGGGUAAUGGACAGGACUCCGUAUUCCAAGGGGCACAAGCGCGAAUGUGGAGGAGAGUUUAUAAAGAUCCAAGAGCCUGACGAUAGUCCUCCAAACAAGAGAAUGAGAUUGGACCAAUAGAGUCACUUUGGGAAUAUUAUAGAGACUUUGUCCUUGGCUAAUAUGCUGCUGUUUUGCCAGAAUAUACGGCAGUGGCACAAAAAUGGCCCAGUUCUCAGCUGCUGAAAAGAAGAGGCUGAUAUCCAGAUAGGCCUCAUGACUGACUAUUGCCAUGGGCAGUGCAUUGUGCCAAAAAUGUGCCAAGAAAAUGACAAUGACAAGCAGCCAUAAGAUUAUUAUUGACUAAUUUAUAUGAGGCAUGGGCCCAGUGCAAGCAAGAAGAACAAAACUUGCUGCUGAACUGGCCAGUAGAAGGGAUACAAGUUGGAUACUGUGACUAUUCCAAUGGAUAUAGAAAUCACAUCAAGAGUCACACAGAGUCUAAACAAGGAACAGACACAACUGAAUGGAAUAGUAUCCCUGAUGCCCCUUCUUGCCUACAGCACUUGGCACAGCGUUGAACUAUGGAAAAUGAAAUAUUAUCCAGACAUGACCUGCAAGAAGUUAAUGUAGCAGAUAGAUUAGUGAAUUACAUUUUCACCAUCCUUUAAUGUAAAAAUAUCUUUCUGUAUUCAAUUUUACAAUAUACUUUUUUUAACAAACAA